AGUAGGUAUGUGUCCAUGCUCGGUCAAUGCCGUUGACUGACUCAACGACUUGUAUACUUUGAUCUUUGUAUAAGCCAUACCGGAACAAGAAACAAACUCAAUUAGAAACUGGAUUUGAAAAUAAUAUCCCACACCUUAUACUAAUCUUCACUCUGAGGGUGACAAAACGAGCCACAUAUCGUCACAAGAGAUGGUCCGCCGUCUUUUCAGUGGCUUGAUAGCGCUGCUUAAGAUGUGCGGUGGUCAGGCAGCUUCCGGUGGAGAAGAAUCAGCCGAAGACGGUGGUGAUCGUGGGAUCUUCUUCGAUCUCCAAGAGCUUGAAGUCGCCACUGAUAUUUUCUCCGAGAAGAACCGGCUCGGAACCGGCGGAUUUGGCCCUGUCUACAAGGGAUUGAUGCCGAAUGGUGAAGAGAUAGCCGUGAAGAAGCUAUCAGUGAAUUCGAGACAAGGGUCUAGAGAAUUCACCAACGAGGUUAAUCUCUUGCUUAGGAUUCAACAUAAGAACUUGGUUUCUUUGCUAGGUUGUUGCUUCCAUGGUCCCGAGAAAAUGCUGGUUUACGAGUAUCUCCCUAAUCGGAGUCUCGACUAUUUUCUCUUUGAUAAGAUCAAACCCGGUUCACUUGAUUGGCACCAUCGAUGGCGAAUCAUUAUAGGAGUGGCGAGAGGACUGUUGUAUCUACACGAAGAAGCUCCGGUACGGAUAAUACACAGAGAUAUCAAAGCCAGCAACAUUCUUCUGGAUAAUGACUUGAACCCGAAAAUCUCGGAUUUCGGUUUGGCCCGGUUAUUUCCUGGAGACGGCACUCAUACCAAUACCUUUAAAAUCUCUGGUACUUAUGGUUAUAUGGCCCCUGAGUAUGCCUUGCAUGGGCUUUUAUCGGUCAAGUCAGAUGUUUUUAGCUAUGGGGUCUUGGUUUUGGAGAUAGCUAGCGGAAGAAAGAAUCAAAAUCCUCGUCUUGGACAGGAAAGGGCCGAUCUUUUGAACUAUGCGUGGAAAAUGUACCAAGAAGGCAAAAUUCUGGAAUUGGUUGAUCAAUCUCUGGCAGGAGUAUACAACCGCGACGAAGCAGCCACUUGUUUCCUUAUAGGACUACUGUGUUGCCAGCAGAUCACGUCAAAGAGGCCUGAGAUGAACAUGGUUCAUCAAAUGUUGUCGAGCGAUUCAUUUGAUUUGCCUAAACCGGGUCGUCCUGGACUCCAAGGUCGUAGAGGAGGCGGCUAUACAAGUACUGGGACCGGAACAGGAGGUGGUGCACGAAGUUGUGGAAUAACCGGGAGUGAACCAAACAGUUUUAAGAGUAGAAGAAUUAGUGGAGGAGGAGCGUUUGGACAGAAUAGCCUCGUUGAGGAGUACUCGAGGAACUCCAUUACCAUGUCUUCCUUCGCCGAAGGAAGAUGAAUAAUAAAGCAAAACAUGUAAAUGCACCCUUAUCUACGUGUAUAUAUAAUGAGAGCAAGACAAAGAAGAGGACAUUUUAUAUCAUAUGUCUAUGGCUAUCGUGAUUAUUUAUGAUCUUGUAUACCGUUUGCAUAUAUAUUAGCAAAUUAAUAACAAAUAUUUGUGUUCCAAAUUUUA